AUGGCCGAACCACAACCUCCUCGAAUUCAAGAGGGCGAUCAAGCUCCGUCUGCGAUUCCCGGCAGCAACAAGUCAGAGACAGCAGCUCUAAACUCUUUGGACAAUCAAUCCACAGACCUGAAAUCUACAAACACAGCAUCAACUGCAGCGCUGGGAAAGGCGAUGAAGAAUUUGAACAUUGCGCAUGAAGAGAAGCCAGAGUUCAGGAACGUCAAGGUCGAUAUGGCGGAUGUGGUGUUGUUGGUAAGGAAUAUCUCUACANNGGCUGAAAACCUGGAUGUCUCAAGAGCCAGAGCUACCGAGCUGUUGAAAGCUAAUGACGCGGAUCCGAUCAAGGCAAUGCGGGCAUGGGUCGCAGCCUAA